CCCACAUUUAAGAAAUAUUUAAUAAUGAAAAUACUUCCCUUAGUAUGCACCAUAGUAUUAAUCUUUGCCUAUUUCGGGAUGCAGGUCAGGCAGGUGUACAAACACAAGCUGAAGGACGAGGAACUCCAGACGCUUGUGGACAACCUCUCGCAGGCUGACCCCUUGCUCCCUCGUUUCUUCCUGAGCCUCGUCUUCGGGUCAGUCCCAGAUCUGUCAGACGCCAAGGGCUUCUCGCAAUUCUGGACCUGCGCGUUGCAUCCGGUUGCAUGCCGGAACGCUCUGCUCCAGAAGGAAACUCUCGUCUUGGAGCUGAACGACAUGAAGAGUGCCCGAGAAAGGUUCACGCCAAUCAUCACCGCCUCCCUGAUGGCAACCGUCGGCCUCGGAGUGACAGAUGGGGGGGCCGCUCUUUUCUCCCCCUCCGCUGGAUACGAAAAGACACUGCCCUGCGGCGUCCAACUGCUGGACAGGUCGGUCAAAGGCAUUCCUGAUGAGCGGAAGUAUGGCCCUUUCUUGCUUCCGGAUCUGUGUGGCCUCAGCAGGAACAAUAUCAAAAAUUUGAAAAAGAAGCUGCGGACGCACCAUUGCUAUCUGCAGUGGGCUGGCGACGAGCAGCUCUCUGAGUGCUCUUCCAUCGGCAGUUCCCCAUUGUUCUACAGCGUAACUCCAAAACCCAGCAAGAAACCGGAUUCCGAGACCGGCCUGCACUCUAACUGGGGGAUAUUUGGCCUACAUUGCAGGCAGGUGGGCGUCACUGAUAUAUAUUAG